AAUUGUGAAUAAAUCUCACCCCCAUCUCCCUCUACCUCUCAUCUCACCCUCCCUCAUUUCUCUCUCUCACACACACACGGAGAAAGAACAGCAUUCAUUCCUUUACUAAACAGGAAACUUAUCUAGUAGGAAUUAAAUCAGGCGUUGUUUCAGUAGAGUUUCGAUCGCUCUAGAUCUACCGGUUUCCAUGAGCACCCAAGGAGCCUCAACCUCAUCACCGUCUUCUUCAUCAACGCCUCGGUGGACAUACGAUGUCUUUCUCAGUUUUAGAGGCGAGGACACCCGUAAAAACUUUACGGAUCAUCUAUAUAAUGCUUUGAAAAAUAAAGGCAUUGAGACCUUUAGAGACGAUGAAAAACUUGAGAGAGGAAAAUCCAUCUCACAAGAGCUCGUGAAAGCUAUAGAAGAAUCGAGAUUUGCUAUUGUUAUUUUCUCCAUAUACUAUGCAUCUUCAACAUGGUGUUUGGAUGAACUAGAGCAUAUUGUUAGAUGCAGGAAAGAGAAAGGAUUGGAAGUUUUUCCAAUUUUUUACCAUGUGGAUCCAUCUGAUGUACGAAAACAGAAGGGAACUUUUGCAGAAGCAUUUGAUAAAUACAAAGAAAGUUGGAAGGACAGCAUAGAGAAGGUUGAAACAUGGAAAUCUACUUUGACAGAAGUGGCUAAUCUCUCUGGUUGGGAUUUACGAGAUAGGCAUGAGUCAGAAUUUAUCCAAGAAAUUGUUGAAGAGAUGAUAAAGAAAUUGAAUUCAAAAUUCUUAAUCAGUAACGAAAGCCUUGUAGGAAUAGAAUCCAUUGUGGCAGAAUUGAUCCCUUCGUAUUUAGAUUUUGGGAAUAAUGUUUGCAUGAUAGGGAUUUGUGGUAUGGGGGGAAUUGGAAAGACUACACUUGCUAGAGUUGUUUAUCAUAUGCAUUCUGAUAAAUUUGAAGCUUCUAGUUUUAUCGCUGAUGUUAGGGAAAAGUCGGAAAAAGGUGGUUUGUUUGAAUUACAAAGAAAAAUUCUUCAAGAUUUGGGGGUAACAAAUACAAAUAUAUCAGAUGUUCAUCAAGGAGUUCCCAUAAUCAAAAAUUGGUUACUUCGUAAAAAAGUUCUACUCGUCCUAGAUGAUGUUAAUCAUGUGCAGCAAUUAGAAAAAUUGGCUGGAGAGCGUCACUGGUUUGGAUUGGGGAGUUGGAUCAUUAUAACAACUAGAGAUAAAAAUGUGUUGGUUGCACAUGGAGUUCUUAAAAUAUAUAAGCCUAAUGGACUAAAUAAUGAUGAUGCCUUAAAACUUUUUUAUUCGAAAGCCUUCAAAAAUGAGCAACCCAGAGAAGAUUAUAUGCCACUCUCUCAGGAAGUGGUAAAUUAUGCUAAUGGUCUUCCAUUAGCUCUUGUUAUUUUGGGUUCCUUUUUAGCUGGAAAAACAAGAGAUGAAUGGCAAAGUGCAUCGAACUAUUUUAAAAAAAAUCCUCCAAAAGAAAUAUUUGAUAUACUUAAAAUAAGUUUUGAUGGACUAGAGGAUGUGUGGCAGGAGGUAUUCUUAGAUAUUGCAUGCUUCUUUACAAAAUGGAUAAAAGAGAAUGUAAUACAUAUAUUAGAGAAUUGUGGGGUUGAUGCAAGAAUUGCUAUAAGAGUUCUCAUGGAUAAAUCUCUCCUAACUCUUAAAUAUAAAUUUGGUUGUGAGCAUUUGGGGAUGCAUGAUCUACUAAUAGAAAUGGGUCAAAAAAUUGUUCGUCAACAAUCAGGUGGAGAGCCUGGAAAGCAAAGAAGGCUGUGGCUUUUGGACGACUUGUUUCAUGUAUUGGAGAACAAUAUGGUAAGAAGCUAUAAUUUUAUUUUUGCAAAUAAGAUUGAGUAG